UGCAAAUCUGUCCCUGCCCGGCGGGCGUUCACAGCACUGCCACCAUCUCGGCCACCUGGCAGGUGUCAUGUGCACUGCAGACCCCUCCAUCCAAGGAGGACAGAGAGCCCCCUCCCCAUCCCUCCAAUCCCCACCCUCACCCUGGUCCCCGGCCUGGACACAGCAUUCCACCCAUCCUGGGUCCCUCCCGACUGCUGCUCUGUUUCCCCCCGUGUGCUGAUUCCCAUCAGGUUCAUGAAAUAGGUGCAUGGCAGGAGUGGGGAGUGGUGCCCCCCAAGGUUGCCCGGGGAUGGAGGGAACAGGAGGGGGUGUGAAUUCUUCCCCAUGCGGAUCCUUGCAGGGGCCACACCACAGGGGAGCAUGGAGCUACUGUCCACCCCCCACAGCAUCGAGAUCAAUAACAUCACCUGUGACUCAUUCCGCAUCUCCUGGGCCAUGGGUGACAGUGACCUGGAGCGGGUCACCCACUACUUCAUCGAUCUCAACAAGAAGGAGAAUAAGAACUCCAACAAGUUCAAGCACCGGGAUGUGCCCACCAAGCUGGUGGCCAAAGCAGUGCCGCUGCCCAUGACGGUGAGGGGCCACUGGUUCCUGAGCCCACGCACAGAGUACAGCGUGGCGGUGCAGACAGCCGUGAAGCAGAGUGAUGGCGAGUACCUGGUGUCAGGCUGGAGCGAGACCGUGGAGUUCUGCACAGGAGACUAUGCCAAGGAGCACCUGGCCCAGCUCCAGGAGAAGGCGGAGCAGAUCGCUGGCCGCAUGCUGCGCUUCGCUGUCUUCUACCGCAACCACCACAAGGAAUACUUCCAGCACGCCAGGACCCACUGCGGGAACAUGUUGCAGCCCUACCUGAAGGACAACAGCGGUAGCCAUGGCUCUCCGACCAGCGGCAUGCUCCACGGCGUCUUCUUCAGCUGCAACACCGAAUUCAACACCGGGCAGCCUCCGCAGGACUCCCCCUACGGCCGCUGGCGCUUCCAGAUCCCCGCCCAGCGCCUCUUUAACCCCAGCACAAACCUCUACUUCGCGGACUUUUACUGCAUGUACACGGCCUACCACUAUGCCAUCCUUGUGCUGGCGCCCAAGGGCUCCCUGGGCGACCGCUUCUGCCGUGACCGCCUGCCCCUCCUGGACAUUGCCUGCAACAAGUUCCUGACCUGCAGCGUGGAGGAUGGGGAGCUGGUCUUCCGCCAUGCCCAGGACCUCAUCCUGGAGAUCAUCUACACGGAGCCUGUCGACCUGUCUCUGGGCACCCUGGGCGAGAUCAGCGGGCACCAGCUCAUGAGCCUGUCCACAGCCGAUGCCAAGAAAGACCCCAGCUGCAAGACGUGCAACAUCAGCGUGGGCCGCUAGGGGUGCCCCGCCGCCACCACCGCCCACUCCGGGUUCGGCUGGGGGCGCUGGGGAGAGAAGGCUGGCAGGCAGCAGGCAGAUGGCUAGCAGACUUUCAGAGAAUUGGCUUUCUCUCCUCUGCCCCCCUCCUCCCCGCCAGCCCAUUCCCUCCAUUCCACCCCAUCUGCCCCUCUACCACCUCCUGGCAUCCCACGCAACAGGUGGUGGUCAGCAGGGCCCACCCCUCAGGCUCAGUGGACUUUGGGAGGCUUCUUAGCCUCGGCAGGCAGGGUUUCCGGAACAUUCCCCCUUCCUCUGGGUACCCCAUCCUGCACUUCCCAAACCUGGGAAGCAUCUCUGGGCCAAAAGCCACGCACGCACGCACGCACGCACACACGCACCUGGCACGUGAAGCUGGACUGCUCCCCGGGAGAUGCAGAGAGCUGUGGGACGUGCCCUUCUUCAGCCCCUCCCCACUCAGGUCCACCCCAGAAUGACCCCUCCCACUGAGCUGGGCUGCCCCUUCCUUCCAUAUAAAUAGUCUUGUGCCCCCUUGACUUGCUGCAUGGGAGAGCUGCCCCGCCCUCCUACCCCUGCCCACAUGAACGCUCCUCCUGCGCUUUAGAAAGAAACCCUCCCUCCCUCGGCUCUGGGGGUUCCGAGCUGUUGGGACUUCCACCCCCUCCCCCACUU